AGUAAAAAAUGUUUUCAAUAGAAAAAAUUUGAUAGGAAAAUGACAUUUUUCAUUAAAAAUAGCGAGAAUCAAACGCAGCAUAAAUCUAAAUCCCUGUUUGCUAGUAACAUUAUCCAGCAUUCAGAGAGGGGAUUUUCUGUUUAGAAAUUUUUAGAAGUAAUUAAGGAAUGGAGGCGGCAAUGGGGUUGAUGAGAAGAAUACCGCCGAAGCAAUCGGAGACAGCUCUCUCUGCACUUCUCAGCCUCUUGCCUCAGCACUCCUCAGAUCUGCUAUCUCAAGUUGACCAGCCUCUUCAGGUUUUAUGUGAUGCUGAAUGUGGGAAGGAAUUCAUUUUAUGUGAAUACAACAGAGAUGCAGACUCUUACAGGUCACCUUGGUCAAACACAUACCAUCCCCCACUAGAAGAUGGUUCUCAUCCAUCUCCAGAGUUGAGGAAGCUUGAGAUUGAAGCAAACGACAUCUUUGCUAUAUAUCGUGACCAGUAUUAUGAAGGAGGCAGUUCAUCAGUGUAUAUAUGGGAAACUGAAAAUGAUGGGUUUGUAUCUUGCUUUUUAAUUAAAAAAGACGGCUCAAAGUCUGGACAUGGUAGGAGAGGCUAUCUCCAAGAAGGAGCUUGGGAUGCCAUACAUGUUAUUGAGGUUGGACAAGAAGAAGAAAUAGCGCAUUACUCUUUGACAAGUACUGUGAUGCUGUCAUUGACAACAAAUGAUGAGUCAUCAGGCACCUUCAGUCUGUCCGGUUCCAUUAGAAGACAGAUGAAUAUGGACCUUCCAGUCUCAGAGGGUCAUUUAUGCAAUAUGGGAAAGAUGAUUGAAGAAAUGGAAAGUAAGCUGAGGAACUCCUUGGACCAGGUCUAUUUUGGGAAAACAAAAGAGAUGGUUUGUACUCUACGACCUCCUCCUGAACUGGUCCAAAUGAAACUGCCUGACAGCUGAAAUUUGUGCUACUUAGCACAUUUGAACAUUUACCUUUCUUUCCUCGUAUGUUUAUAGACAUUGUAGCGUUGCUCCUAAAUGUUUCGAUUACCAAUCCAGUUUUUUCUUGAAUCGAACUCUGCAGAUUCAUAUAUUUGUUCAACAAGAAUUAUGAUUAUGAAAUUGGAGAAUUUUUUUUUUGGUUUCA